AUGCAGUCCUUCUGGCCAUUCCUCUGGGAGAAAGCCAACCUCACCAAUUCGCGUCUAUCGAGCUAUGAUCCCCUUUUCGUCGCCGAAUUCGGUCGUUCGUUUCCCGAAACCGCAUUUCGUGCUCUGAUGCGAAUGAGAGAUCGAUACAACAAGGUGGCAAGUUCAGUUUACAAGUCAGGGGACUUACGCCGCAUCCACUGGUUCGAGACCGAAAACAAACGCAUUGAAACCCUCCUAGAGACGUACCGACAGCAGUGUGUCAAUCUCGAUCCAAUGCCAAUUUAUGUUAAGCAGCGAAAGGAGUAA